AAAUAGGUUAAUUUUGUAUUCAAUAAACAAAAUUUAAAAUUUUCUAAACCAAAUUUUUAAAAUAUUUAUUUUCCUCGUCCUUUAAAUUAUUCUCAGCAUUUCUUCACCAUUAAAAUCAUUCUAUUAACGAAAUUAUUACUUUGACAUAAUGAAUGACGAUUAUUUUGUAACUGGAUAUACUGGUUUUUGUCCUGGCGUGGCUCAACGAAUGGGAAGAAGUUACCAAGAUACAACGCGAGAUAUCAUAAGAGAGAGGCCGCAUCUCCGGAAACGUCUUUCAGCUGUCCGUUGGCGAGAAAUGAGGAAAGGAGACACAGGCUAUGAAAAUGGAAAUGACUACGAUUAUGCCUAUUCUGCGAUGCCGGACUAUGUCGAAGGGUACACAGGUCAUAUUCCUACCAAUCUGUGGUCAGGCUGCGAACGCGACAAUAGAUUACAUUCUAGCUCUCAUUGUACCAUCAAAGCAUACCCUCUUAGCUGCACCGAGUUUAAUUCACCUUGCUUGAAUAUGCCAUGUGAGGAUGCAUGUAGUCUAUAUUCCGAGAAACAGGGACAUAACUGUGGAGAUCACGUCUACUUUGAAGCGGAACCAUGUGUCCGAUAUCCAGGAAGCCAGAUAGCUUCAGGAGGAAAGAAGGCUUGUUGUGGUUCUUGCGCGGAAGGUGAACCUUGUGAAGGCGAGAAGAUAGAAAAGCUCCAUCCAUGUCUGAAAGUUAGGUUUCAAGAAAGAGAAUUUAUACCCUACAGGAAAGGAGGUGUCAUACCUAAUUAUAUGGGACACAUUCCAGGCAUGCAGCACUCAUUCGGCGAAUCUUACGGAAUAGCAGCUCAUAGACUUCUCCAAAGGCAUUUUAAAACGCUAGGAAGUCGAUAUUACUGAUUAUAACGUUCUAUAAAUUUCAUUACAGGAGAGUAAUAUAGUGAGAAAACACGUAGUAAAAUAAAAGAUUUUACUAUUUCAGUUUACUCCUGUAAAAUAAAAGAUUUUACUGUUUCAAGUAAAUUAUCUAUUAUCACUU